UCAGACGUAGCCGGAAGUGUAGAAGAGCUAGCAUUGUGAGGUGGUGUGUUGUUAGCUGUUUAUCGUUACUGCGAAAAUGCCGGAGUUAGCGGUGGAAAAUGUGGUCGUUCAUCCCUUGGUGUUGCUCAGCGUGGUUGACCAUUUUAACAGGAUAGGAAAAGUUGGCAAUCAGAAACGUGUUGUCGGUGUCCUCCUGGGAUCUUGGCAGAAAAAAGUUCUUGAUGUGUCAAACAGUUUUGCAGUGCCAUUUGAUGAGGAUGACAGGGACGACUCUGUGUGGUUCUUGGAUCAUGACUACCUGGAGAAUAUGUAUGGCAUGUUCAAGAAAGUUAACGCCAGAGAAAGAAUAGUUGGGUGGUACCACACAGGACCCAAACUACACAAGAAUGACAUUGCUAUCAAUGAGCUCAUCAAACAGUACUGUACCAAUUCGGUUUUAGUCAUCAUCGAUGUAAAGCCCAAGGAUCUUGGCCUACCCACAGAAGCGUACAUCUCUGUGGAGGAAAUACAUGAUGACGGUACUCCAACAUCCAAGACAUUUGAACAUGUCACCAGUGAGAUUGGAGCAGAGGAAGCAGAAGAAGUGGGUGUGGAACACCUACUCAGAGACAUCAAAGACACCACAGUGGGAACUUUGUCGCAACGGAUCACAAAUCAGGUUCAUGGCCUAAAGGGACUCAAUUCGAAGCUGUUGGACAUCCGCUCUUACCUGGAGAGGGUGGCAGCAGGAAAGCUUCCCAUCAACCACCAAAUCAUCUAUCAGCUGCAGGAUGUUUUCAACCUGCUGCCAGAUGUUAAUCUGCUGGAGUUCACAAAAGCCUUCUAUCUUAAGACCAAUGACCAGAUGCUGGUGGUCUACCUGGCUUCACUCAUUCGCUCUGUGGUAGCUCUGCACAACCUGAUCAACAACAAGAUUUCCAACCGAGAUGCAGAGAAAAAAGAGGGGCAGGAAAAGGAGGAGGGAAAGAAAGAGAAGAAAGAUGAUAAAGAGAAAAAAGAUGAGAAGGACAAAGACAAGGAGAAAGAGAAGGAGAAAGCAGAUGGUGCCAAGAAAGAUGAGAAGAAGAAAAAAUGAGUGUUCCUUCUUCGAGGUCUUCUCUCAGACCACGUCGUCUUCAUCUGGAUGGUGCUCUACUUUCCGGCUUCAGCCACAUAUCUCUAUGUGGGUCUCAGGCUAAAAGUAGGACUCUAUAUGUGGAAGGGUGUCAUCUGAGAUUUGGCCUCACCAUCACAAUUGGCACUCAUAAAGACUCUUAUUAUCAUACAGAGAUGAAAAUGUUGGCGUCUGUGGUGUUUUGAGCUAUGAAAACAUUUUAUUGUGUUUUCAUAGUUGCCAUUCUCCUUGUAUGGUACAAUAACUGAUACUGCUUUUUGUAAUACGGAAAAUACGUUUUGCUUCUGUGUCACUCAUUAAACUGGGAUCAUAUUAAAAUA